CUGGGACACUGAGUCUGGAGAGUUGGAUUCAGGGCUGUAUAAGAGUCAUUCUGACCAAAUACAUUCCCUUGCAUUUUUAGCAUCAGGAACACUUGUUGCUGUGUGUGUGGACAAUGAAAAAAUCAGAAUCUGGUACGUCAAAAGUGGACAGACUGUUGAGGUUAUUAGAGACUAUAUAGGCGACUUCCUUUCCAUUAUCUUCUCUCCUAAUGGAGAGCAAAUCAUUUUGGGCUCUACAGAUGGGACAAUCCAAGUAUGGGAUACCAGUACAGGACAGUUACUGUCCAAGCCAUUUGUAGGAUACAGACACGAAGACUCGUGUUUUGCUAUCUCUCUGGAUGGCAUGCACAUUGUUUCUGGGAAUUUCGAUUCCUAUCUACAGGUUUGGGAUAUAAAGAGUGGGGAGGUUAUAUUUGGACCGUUUAAGCAUACAAGGCACACUAUAUCUGUUGCAUUUUUGCCUGAUGGCACACAUAUUGUAUCAGGAUCAGAGGAAGGUACAGUUGUGGUCCAUAACACACAGAGUAGGGAAAUCAUUUGUGGUCCUUUUGCUGGUCACAUGGAUUUAGUUUGUUCUAUUGCUUUCGCACCUGAUGGGAACAGCUCUCGUAUUGCCUCUGGGUCCAAAGACAGUGCAAUCAGUCUUUGGGAUACAACCACAUGCAAACCAGUGUGUACACCCUUCAUCAGGCAUAAGGAUGGUGUCAACUCGGUUGCAUUUUUGCCUGACAGGAGACGUAUUGUGUCUGGAUCUGACGAUGGGACUGUCAUAAUUUGGGACGUGGAAAACAAGAAAAUUGACGUAGGACCAUUGACAGAACACGGGGACGCUGUCACUUCUGUCAACUUCUUGCCGGAUGGUACACGUGCAGCAUCUUGUUCUGCUGACAAGACCAUCAUUAUCUGGAAUGCUGUAACUGGCGAAAUUAUUUACCAGUUUAGAGCAGAGCACAAGCAUUGGAUCAGCACCGUCAGAUUCUUAGCAGAUGGCAGGCUCAUUGCAUUGGUAUCAACGGACAGUGCCAUCAUCCUUCAAAAUGUUGAGACUGGAGAAAUUGUUUCUGGUCCCUUUGAGAUUGACAAAGCUGGGACUUCCCUUAUUUCACCUCUGGCCCUUUCUCUUGAUGGGAAACAGAUUGCUUCAACGAGUAGGAGCGACAGCAUCAUAGUGUGGGACGUGGAAAGCAGCAGUCCUUUGACAGGAAGCAGCAGUUGGGGGAGCCGUAUUUGCUCCAUUAGCUUCUCACCUGACAAACAGCUUAUUGUGUCAGGCACAGCCUCUGGUGAAGUCGUGAUUUGGAAGGUAAAUGAUGGGACAAUCAUUCCUCAAUUCUACAAAGGCCAUUCUGCCAGCGUUACGUGCGUUGCUUUCUCUCCGGACGGAUUCCAUGUCGUUUCCUGCUCUGCAGACAGAACAAUUUGCACCUGGGAUGUGUCAGAUCAAGACAGU